CACACUUAAACAAAAAAUAAUUUUUAAUAUAAUAUAAUUUUUUUAGUUUACUUAUUUUUUCUAGAAAAAAGAAUAUUACAUGACCUUUUUGAAGGAUUGAACAACCAAACCAAAAAGUUUCCAUUUCAUCAGGAAGAACGUGGUCAACACAAAUACAUAUGGGUUCCAUAUUUAAAGCAACCCCAUUGUUACUGCUGCUUCAUCGUUCUUCUUCAACUGCUCCUAUUUCUUUACUACAUUCUCAUCUCACUAUUCUCUCUCCUCGCCGCCGACUUUCAUCUCUCGCGUCCAUGGCUGGUCAAAGCUCUACCGCCGUCGAAACUUCGGCGGAGCAUAAAGUCGGUGACUGGUUCUCGGUACCGGAGCUUCGACUUCGAGGUCACUACUUCAACGUUCCUCUCGAUUACAAUAAUUCAUCCGGUCGUAAAAUCACUGUCUUCGCUCGUGAAGUUGUCGCCGCGGGUAAGGAGGAUCAGCCUCUGCCAUAUCUUCUGUACCUGCAAGGUGGACCUGGAUUUGAGUCUCCACGUCCUACUGAAUCAAAUGGUUGGAUCGGUAAAGCAUGCGAAGGCUAUCGUGUUGUGUUGUUGGAUCAGCGUGGAACAGGCUUGUCAACUCCUUUGACUGAAUCAUCUAUGCGGCAAAUGGAAUCCGCAGAAGAUCAGGCUGAAUAUUUGGUACACUUUCGAGCAGACAACAUAGUAAAGGAUGCUGAAUUUAUUAGAGUGCGUUUGGUUCCUGAAGCUGGGCCUUGGACCAUCUUGGGCCAGAGCUAUGGCGGUUUUUGUGCUGUUACAUAUCUAAGUUUCGCCCCUCAAGGUUUAAAGCAAGUCCUUGUAACAGGCGGAAUUCCUCCAAUUGGAGAUGGCUGUACUGCAGAUGCCGUGUAUCAUGCUUGCUUUGAAAAGAUUGCUAGCCAAAAUGAGAAAUUUUAUGAAAGAUUUCCCCAGGAUGUCGAAGUUGUCCAAAAUAUUGUUAAAUACUUGACAAGUUGUGAAGGCGGCGGGGUGCCUCUACCAUCUGGUGGAAUGUUAACCCCAAGGGGACUUCAAACUCUGGGCCUUACUGGUCUAGGGUCCGGUGCUGGUUUUGAGCGAUUGCAUUACAUGCUAGAGAGAGCCUGGGAUCCUGUUAUAACUCCAGGAGCACCAAAGCAACUCAGCUAUAACUUUUUGAAUGCAUUUGAUAGUUGGAUGUCUUUCAAUAUGAAUCCACUGUAUGUGAUCCUUCAUGAGUUGAUUUACUGCCAAGGUGCACCAUCAAAGUGGGCUGCUCAAAGAAUUAGGGAGGCGAAGGGAAGCCAGUUUGAUGCAGUAACGGCAGCAAAGGAAGGGCGUCCUGUGUAUUUCACUGGAGAGAUGAUAUUCCCUUGGAUGUUUGAUGAAAUAUCUGCCUUGAGACAUCUAAAGGAUGCAGCGCACUUACUGUCUGAGAAAAAAGAUUGGCCUCCAUUGUACGACAUAGCAGCAUUGGAGAAGAACAAGGUUCCCGUAGCAGCUGCGCUCUACUAUGAUGACAUGUACGUGAACUUUAAGCUAGCCUCUGAAAGUGCUAAACAUAUCUCCGGGAUUAGGCUGUGGAUAACAAAUGAAUACAUGCAUUCGGGGUUGCGAGAUGGCGGAAGUCAUGUCUUUGAUCAUCUGAUGGGGUUGCUAAAUGGAAAGAAGCCGUUGUUCUAAUUUCAUUACAAGAUUCCAGUUUCCGAUUUUACUGUGUUUUUGAGUUGAGAGUUUAAGGUUUGAUUAAGCCCGGGGUUCUAUUGGGUUCAUGUUUUAUUUUUGUCCCUUGAAAAUUUUGUUUUUUAUCAUCGAUGUCAUGUAAAUUUUUUUAUGAUAAAUGAUUAAUAAAGGGAUAAUAAUUGGUUCAA